GUCUGCACCCUAUUCCACGAGAUCGGUCAGGAAAACUGUACUAUUCCAACACUUCGAUAUCAAUUCCGAUCAGUGAAUGUUGAGUGGAAUUACUUUUGUGAAAGCGCAAAGACCAUAAAGAAUUCGAUUUCGAUGCAAAUGAUUGGCGUGCUAAUCGGGUCAGCAUUGUUCGGUCAAAUUAGCGACUCAUUUGGUAGACGAAAGGGCAUGUUAGUGACGAUGACAGGGAUGGCUAUCGGAUGGAUAGUGGUUGCAAGGUCCUCCAGCCUUACCUUUUUCACGGUCAGCCGUACUGCUGUAGGGUUCUUCACCGGCGGAAGCAUUUCAGUGUUGAAUGUAUUCAUCAUGGAGAACAUUCCUAAAAGACAUCGAAUGUGGAUCAACAUGGCGAUCACCUGGUCUCCUAACAUGCUACCAUUUGCGGCUAUGGCAUGGAUGACCGGAGAAUGGCGCUCAUUAGCCCUAGUCAAUGCUAUCGUUUGUGUACCUGGUCUCGUGUUUUGCUUCCUGUGCAUCCAUGAAUCACCACGAUGGUUGAUUCAGAGAGGAAAGGUCGUCCAGGCCCAGGAAAUAAUGCGGCGUGAAUUUGGCAUUUCAAAGGAAGGACUAGUCCACGAAAACCUGCAUGAUGUUGUAAGAGGGGAGUACGAGCUGAUGCUUCGUGCUGACUCCCAAAAGCGUCGCUAUUCAUUCUAUCAUCUAUUUUGCUCUCCGAAGCUUGCCAUCACCACCAUAGUUCUGGCGUUCAGCUAG